UAAUAUUGCAAUUGUUCAAUUUAUUGCGUAACCACGUGAAACUUGUUCGAUUUAUUGAACAGGAAAUUUUGCACUAAAACAAACACUUUGGGAAUCUAAGCAAGAUUAUAAACCUUUCCAUAGGGACCGCUUUGCUUAAUCGCACACCCACAAACCCACCCAGGCACGCACGCACAAUGGUGUGCACACAUGUGCCCCUACACGUGCAGUCUCAUGCACCUAUAGAAUGAACCGGCAUAUCACAACACUCUUGACUAGUAUGUUGCUGAUGUAUCAUCUACCAGAUCUUUUACGUUUCAUAUGGCCUCUUCACUAUUCACUUUCUCAAUCAUGACUGUUUAUUAAAUAUAGAACAACUGCGAUGAGAAGUAAAAUUGAAAGUAAACAAUUUGAAGAUAUAUUAAAUGAUAUCUAAUCCCUUGACCAGCUGAAGUAAACACAUCACACUCAGACAAGUAUGAUAAUAUCAUCAGCGGAGCACGCGGCGAAAUUAGUUUCCAACUUACUACUAUUUUGCAACUUAACACUCAUUAAAAUAUUCAAUUUCGCGUCCAACUUGGUGCUCGGCAUUAGUUAUCUAGUCUAUCUAGUUAUCAAACGCUCAAGCUAAUGAAAGCUAGAUAAUAAUUAAUUAAUACCGGGGCUUGGCAUUAGCUAUCUAGUCAUCAAAGGUGGAUUAAUUAAUUAAUAGUGGAGCUCCCACUUCCCAUUAGUUAUCUAGUUAAUUAGAGGUUCAACAGGGUCAUGAAAGCUAGAUUAAUUAAUUAAUUAAUAUCCAGUGGAGCUCUCACUUCCCUCCUCUUUUAAUUAAUUUAGACCUCUGCUUUCGUGUUAUCAUACAUAAAGCUGUGCCUGUGCCCCUCCCUCCUCUCGCAUUAACUUGCUCCUCCACCUCCUUAAUCCAAAGCUAACCUUCAUGAAUUCCUCUUCGGAUCCAUAAAAAAAACCCCCAGCGAUGGGCGGCGAGCACGUGGAUGCCAAAUGGUGGUCGGCGAGUACGGUCGUGGUCGUGACCGGAGCGAAUAAGGGCAUAGGCCUGGCGUUCGUGAAGAGGUUCGCGGAGCUUGGGGCGACGGCGAUCCUGACCGCGAGAGAUGUUAGCAAGGGCUUGAAAGCGGGGAGUCGCUUACCGACCCAGCCGGGAUUCCGACCGAUCAUAGAGUUCCACCCGCUGGACGUGACCGACCUCGGAUCCGUGUCGACCUUCGCUUCUUGGCUUCGACGGAGGCACGGGGGGCUCGAUGUCCUUGUGAAUAACGCCGGCGUGUCCUUCAAUGAGAUAGGCGAGAACUCGGUUGAGCACGCGGAGGCCGUGAUCAAGACGAACUUCUACGGGCCGAAGCUGCUGAUAGAAGCGCUCAUGCCGUUGUUUCGACAAUCUGCAACGAUCGCGAGGAUAUUGAACGUCAGUUCUCGGUUGGCGCUGCAGAAGAAUGUGACCAACCCAUCUAUAAAAAACCUACUCCAAGAUGAAGAAACUCUUUCAGAAGGAAAGAUUGAACACAUGAUAUCUCAAUUUCUUGACGAUGUUUACAAAGGAACCUGGAAAGAUAAAGGAUGGCCAAAGGUGUGGACUGACUACUCAAUCUCCAAGCUUGCGCUCUAUGCCCACUCAAAGCUACUAGCAAAACAAAACAAGGGGAGGAAUAUAAGUGUGAAUUGCUUUUGUCCGGGAUUCACGCGGACGGCGAUGACCGGCGGUCGCGGCGAUCGGACGGCGGAGGAGGCUGCUGAGGUUGGCGCUAGGAUAGCUUUGCUCCCUCCUCAUUGUCUCCUUAGCGGAGAGUUCUUUAAGAUAUCUACACAUUCAUUAACCCCUAAAUUGUAGAGGGAUGCUUAAUUAGUUGAUGGAUUUUUUCCUCC